UGCAGGUGGAUAGGCUCUGUCAGAUGGAGCAGGGCUGACAGAAUGAAACACUCAGCUCCAUGUUUUAUUAGGCUACCAAAAGUUUUCCCAUUUGGCACUGAGCGCUUUCUAACACCGGACACCUAAAUGCUGUAUUACCCUCUGGCAUUUUGAGACAUUUUUCCGUAUCUGUUGAUCAUCUCCUAGGCCUGCUCUGCGGUUAAAGAAUCUCUCUCUAGUGAGCCAUAUCUACACUUUAAGUCAGACAUGGAGGACCCAGACAUACGUCAACAGAAGCUGGAUAACCAGCGAACCCUUCUGAUGAAAAAGCAGCAAAAGAGGAGGGCUGAUAAGCAAAUGGUGAUCUCAACUCGAGACGCUCGACCCAAGAACCGAAAGCACAAGACUGGCAGCUCAGAUGACAUGGCUCUGCUGAUCAGCCAAUCCCAGAGCAACACUUCCCUGAAUGAUGCUCAGGUUGAACAUGCCCAUGAUAAUCCACUGGAGGAGAUCACUCUUGGUGAGUGUGGCUUCACAACAACAAUGACGGCAGAUGAGAUGCCUCCUAGAAAGCCGGUCACUCCCAAGACAAUGAACUUGGAUAUUGAGAGAGAGCCGGAGCCAAAUUAUGAGAAGGAAAGCGAUGACCAGGCGGAGGGCAAAAAGACAAAGAAGAAAGGGGUGAAAAAAGAAAAAUCAAAACAGCUCGAACAGAACGAAGGAGAGGAGGCAGAGAAGGAUCAAGAAAAGGAGAAAAAGGAGAAAAAGACCAAGAAGAAAGUGAAAGGAUCAGAGGACGCAGAGAAGAAGAGCAAGAACGAGCAAGAACAGAAGCAUUUUUUGGAGCAUCCAAUUGAGAUAGACUCAAUGCUGGAGGUGCCAAAGUCAAAGACAAAUAAAUAUGAUGAUAGUGACAAAGAAAAAGACAACCGCUCCCCGACACCUGACCUCCAAACUCCAAAGAGGAAACAACAGCUCAACACAUCCAGGUGCCAAAUAAGUGACGAGAGCAAAGAUGAGGCGAGUCCUGAAAUGGGAAAAAACCCAAGAAAGGCCAAAAAAGAGGAGAAAACCACAAAAAGCUUGGCUUCACUUAACUCCAAUUACAGGAAGAAUUCAUCCUCACACAGUGAUUCCACUGAAAGACCUACGUCUCCCAUCUCAGUGGAGGAUCUGGAGAAGUUCGCCUUGCGUCCAGCCCCCAGAGACGUGACCAUCCAGUGCAGGGUCACCAGGGACAGGAGAGGCGUCGAGAAGGGAAUUUACCCCACUUACUAUCUCCACAUGGAGAAGGACGACGGCAAGAGGGUAUUUCUAAUGGCAGGCAGGAAAAGGAAGAAGUGCAAAACGUCCAACUAUCUCAUCUCCACUGACCCAACAGAUCUGUCUAAAGACACCAACAGCUACAUAGGAAAACUAAGGUCCAACGUUCUGGGCACAAAGUUUACCGUCUACGACAGAGGAGAAAACCCAGAGAAAAAACCCUUUAUCAAAGAGUGUGAAUCAGUGCGGCAAGAACUGGCAGCGAUUUGCUAUGAGAAGAAUGUUUUAGGUUUCAAAGGUCCGAGGAAAAUGACAGUGAUCAUCCCCGGCAUGCUGGAGAAUGAUGAGCGAGUGUGCAUUCGCCCAAAGAGUGACAUUGAGACUCUUCUGAUCCGCCACGAGAACGGCAACACAGACAACCUGGUGACCCUGGUGAACAAAUCGCCCAGCUGGAACGAACAGACCCACUCUUACGUGCUCAACUUCCACGGCCGCGUCACACAGGCCUCCGUCAAAAACUUCCAGAUCAUCCACCCUGACAACACGGAUUACAUAGUAAUGCAGUUUGGCCGUGUGGCAGAGGAUGUGUUCUCCAUGGAUUACAGUUUCCCAAUGUGUGCCCUGCAAGCUUUCGCCAUCACCCUCUCCUCCUUCGAUGGCAAACUGGCCUGUGAGUGAUCCGUGUCGGUGUGCCUCAUGCACAACCUUGUGUAAAUUUUCUGUAGCUGCACAUUUGGACGGUUGGUAUUUGUCAAAUGGCAAUAAAUUGUGAGUAAACUGGGCUUUUUGAAAGACUUUGUUAUUUUUACUGUCUCUAUGGCCAGCAAAGAAAACAGGGCACUUGCAUCUUCAUGUAAACCAGGACUGGGCAAUUGAGCCUGUUUUCAGUCCAGCACUGUUGUUUUCACAUCUGCAUACACUCAGCCCCAAAAUGCCACAUGAUUGCCCAUUCUUGAUCCAGACAGAAACUUAUUUAUUUUUAUUUGCAUUUUAUUUAUCCUUUAUUUAGCCUGAAAAGUCCCAUUGAGAUGCAAGAUCUCUUAUUGCAGGGAGUUUUGAAGGUGAUAGGUUUCACAUAAAGAACAAUUUCACAUGAUAGAACAUAAAACUAUAAUUAAAAGCAAAACAAGGGAGGCAUGCAGCCCACCUCAAGUCAAGAAAAUGAUGCGAAACAAUAUGUUUCCUUCACAGCAGUUUGUAAAAGACCUUUAAAAAUAUUCAAAUAAAGAACUCAUUCCAUGCCCAAGGUGCAUUUACAUUUUAAGUUUAAAAACUCCCUACUAUUUCCCACAAGACCUUCUUUAUUGCACUGGUGCAUUUCAACACAUUUUAGAAAACUGCGUUAAAAGGUGCAAAUGAUGUGCACAGAUUUAGAUUUUAAAGGACCUUUUCUUGCUUUCUAAUGUCAUUUUGAUUAUCAGUGAUUUUAUACUGAAGUGGAAGCAGAAUGUUUUUCAUUCAUUUUCAUUUUAUAUUUUGCUGGAUGUCUACAAGAUGGGUGUGAUAAAAAAAAAAAAAAAAAAGAUUGAUGACAACUUUAUAAAGAUGACUGAUAUGAGAAAUUAAAUUGUGAUAACACAGUU